AUGAUGCACUAUCCAAAACCACCAGAAGAAAAUUUAACUACACUAGUGGAAUUUGUUCUUUUGGGAUUUGCUGAUGCCCCUCGUCUCCGGUGGUUUCUAUUUGGAUUAUUCUUUGCCAUCUAUAUGAUCAUUUUGUUGGGGAAUGGCACCAUCUUAAUAAUAACAAAAGUGGAUCCAAACCUCCAUACACCCAUGUAUUAUUUCCUUGGGAAUUUUUCCUUUUUGGAAAUCUGUUAUGUAUCAACUACACUCCCCAGAAUGCUCCUGAAUCUUGCGACCCAGAGAAGAAAUAUCUCUUUAGUUGCUUGUGCUGCACAAAUGUGCUUUGUUCUGAUAUUAGGAGCCACUGAAUGUUUCCUUUUGGCUGUGAUGGCUUAUGACCGGCAUGUGGCCAUUUGUCAACCUCUACACUACCCUCUACUCAUGAACCCUAAGGUCUGCACCCAACUGGUAACUGGGUCCUGGAUCAGUGGAAUUCCAUUCCAAAUAGGGCAGACAAUCCAGAUUUUUUCUGUGACAUUUUGUGGCUCCAACCAAAUCAACCACUUCUUCUGUGACAUCCCUCCAAUACUCGGUCUUGCCUGUGGAGAAAUCCUCGUGAAUGAAAUGAUGGUCUAUCUAGGGGCUAUGCUGUUUCUCUUUGUUCCAUUUCUGUUAAUCCUUGUCUCUUACAGCAAAAUCAUCUCUACAAUUCUUAAAUUGCCAUCAGCCACAAGUCGGGCAAAAGCCUUUUCUACCUGUUCAUCUCAUCUUGCAGUUGUUGGGUUAUUCUUUGGAUCAAGUAUUAUUACAUAUUUAAGACCCAAAAGUGAUCAUUCAGCAGAAAUGGACAAAGUGUUUUCUCUGUUCUAUACCAUUUUGACUCCCAUGUUUAAUCCCAUCAUAUAUACCUUAAGAAACAAAGAUGUCAUAUUGGCACUGAAAAAAUUAUUUUGUAAAUAA